AUGGCUGCUACAGAGCUGAAGAAAAAGGCCCAGAAACGAAAGAUAUCAGAGGAGGAAACUGAGGUGCCUUCCGCUUUUCCUCUUGACGUCGGCCUGGACAUGCGGAGUGAGGAUGAGGCGGACGAGCAGGAAGCGGAUGACGACGACGACGGUCAAACAGAUGAGUUUCCUGUCCUUGAUCCCGGGAGCGACAGUGAGGAAGAUGAUGAGGUGGGUGAAAACGCGGAAGAAAGCGAAGCAACCGAUGAAGACGAAGUGGAGAGCGACGACGAAGACGAAGAGGAUGAAUCGGAAAUCUCCACAGACGACGACGAGCUACACAUCUUUCCAAAACCUAAAACUAUUGUCUCAGAUAUAACGGGGCAACCAAAACGUGUAUACCCAGAGAUUGAACCAGACUACGACUCGGAUUCCUCCACGGAAGACACACCCAACCGUGUAGGGAACAUACCGAUGCAUUGGUACGACGAUCUGCCCCAUGUAGGCUACGAUAUUGAUGGCAAGAAGGUAUUGCGACCCGCUCGAGGUGACGAGCUAGAUAAAUUCCUUGAGACGGUUGAGGAUCCAACAUCCUGGACAACCGCUUUUGACAAAAAGGCGCAAAUGAACAAGCCGCUGACCGCUGAGGAACUAGAUCUGAUUCGGCGGUUGCAAGAAAAUGAGGUUCCGGAUGCCGACUAUGAUCCCUAUGAGCCAACAAUAGAAUGGUUCACCGGCAAGGGCAAGGAGGAAGUCAUGCCUCUUUCUGCCGCUCCAGAACCCAAGCGGAGAUGGGUACCCAGCAAAUGGGAGAAACAAAAAGUCAUGAAGAUCGUUCGUGCUAUUCGUCAAGGUCGAAUCGUACCCAAUAAGCCCAAAACGACCGCAUCCCAACUACAAUUUUACUCUGUAUGGAACGAAGAACCUUCCGCGCAUCCUGCGCCCCUUCCCGCGCCCAAGCCUCGUCUUCCUACCAAUGCGGAGUCUUAUAACCCGCCAGAAGAAUACUUGCCUACUGAAGAAGAGCGCAAGCAGUGGGAAGAGACCGACAAGGAGGAUCGUGAGCGCGACUUCUUACCACAAAAGUAUAAGGCCCUGCGUCUCGUCCCAGCAUACGACCAGUUCAUACAGGAGCGCUUCAGCCGGCAGCUUGAUUUGUACCUUGCUCCACGAGUGCAGAGAGUCAAGCUACAAAUUGAUCCCAGCAGCCUUAUUCCGAAACUGCCGAGUCCCAGCAGUCUCAAGCCAUUCCCCAUUUAUAAAGCACUCCAAGUGCUACAUAACGGUUACCGGGUAAGGUCGACAAGCGUCAGUCCAGAUGGUGCAUGGGUCGUCACAGGAGAUGAGAGCGGCGCAGUGAGGUUAUGGGAAGUGAUGGUUGGAAAAGAGGUCAAGAGGUGGAAGUUCCCAACGAAAAUCGGCGCCGUUGAAUGGUGUCCACGCACUGAUGUCAGCUUUUUCGUUGUCGGCCUCGAGGAACACUUGCAUUUCCUGAUUCCACCAAAUCUUUCUACCGCUAUUCUCGCCGCUACCCAAGCUUUGUUGUCACCAGCCACCCUCCCCCCUCAACCCACGACACCAUCGCUGGUGAAAUGGGUUUCACAGACGGCGGCAGCGUCUUCGGUUGAUUCGCCAAUCCUGACGCUGAAUCUUCCGCCUUCCUCAGGCGUCACAAAACAAAUCACCUGGCAUCGAAAGGGUGACUACCUGUCCUCUGUUUCCGGUAGCGAGAGUCAGGGAGCGGUCUGGAUCCAUCAGCUAUCGCGUAGACAUUCCCAAGCACCAUUCCGGAAAGUGAAAGGCUCCAUACAAUUGGUCCUAUUCCACCCGACAAAGCCGCAUUUCUUCGUGGCGACGCAGCGCUACGUGCGGCUGUAUAACCUCGCGGAACAGAAGCUGUUGAAGACGCUCAUACCAGGUAUCAGAUGGAUAUCGUCGAUGGACGUGCAUCCUUCGGGCGACCACCUCAUUGUGGGUGGAUACGACCGCAAGUUGUGCUGGUUUGACCUGGAGCUAAGUGAGAAACCAUACAAAAUUCUCCGGUACCACACACGGGCGCUUCGGUCGCUGCACUUCCACCCGACGUAUCCAUUGUUUGCUUCAUGCUCAGAUGACGGCUCCGUCCAGAUCUUCCAUGCGAGGGUGUACAACGAUCUCAUGACGAACCCACUGAUUGUUCCUCUCAAGAUCCUGCGCGGUCACCAAGUGAAGGACGGGCUAGGCGUCUUGCAAGUGAAAUGGUGCCCGCGCCAGCCAUGGCUGAUUAGUGCGGGUGCUGACGGCGAGGUGGCUGUAUGGUGUAGCGCAAAUACAGAGUUGCCGUCGCGCUCGGAGGCCUCGAACAUGAUGUGA